AUGAAUGCUAAAAAAAGUUUGGAAUCAAAACUAUUGACGGAAGAGCGUUCUUCGGCGCUACUGACCCAUUCAGCAUCACAAUCAAACAUACAAGCAAAUGACUCCCAAAAACUAUUAGAAAAUGCUGAGCGGACAAUUCAGGCAGUCUACAGACGUAUUAAAAAGGCGACUGAAGUCAAUAAUGAAUUACGGUGUUCGGUUAUACGCGGAGAUCCUAAUACUUCACUUAUUGCCUCUAUCCUUUGGUAUUAUCAAACCUACAGUGAAUUACUUGAAAAAAUAAAAACAGAACCAACAGAAUCAAGUGAAAAUAUAGUGGAUUAUCUCGUCGACUUAGAUCGAAUUGAUGACAUUGUUAAAUGUUUUAAAUCUAUAAAAAUUAUCGGUGAGGAAAAACGUGCCAUUGAAUUGUAUCAUACUGGACGACAGAAACUCAUCGAGGCAAGUGACAAUCUAAUACUGGGCCAUACUCAUAAAAUAUCACCUAAUGACUUAAUUGAUUUAUGCAAAUUAACAUCGCCAACACCUAUCGAUGCUGAAAGUUCACACGGCACAUAUCGCAUUAUCUUCGAGUGGUUUCUAGAGCAUGGAUUUCAACAAGCCCUUAUUAAUUCGUAUGCGUCGAAGAGAAGCACCAUGAUGCAUGAUGCUCUUCAGUCGUUAGCUGAACACUUACAAAAUAAAUGCAUGCGUCGUAACUCUGGCACUUUGCUCACUAAUAAUUGUCGUUCAACUGCACGCCGAGCUUCUGUCAGUUUGGAGUCAUUACGUGGCACACUAAAAACAACACUGACUAGUGGCAUACGUCAUUUGACGCCUUCACCGAUAACCAAUCGUAGAAAACCUAUAUGCAAAUCUAUGUGGUUAGAACCAGACGUGGCGCCAAGCCAAGAUCUUUCUGUAGAUAAGUCGUCGUCGCCUAGGCCUUUUAGCAAUGAUCAAGAAACAAAUAAUUAUAAAGUUCUUCUCGAUGCAUUAAUUGUUCUUUUGUUGCGUGAUUUCGAUUUACUCUUCUAUGCUUUUUCUGAUGAAUUCAAAACGUCAAUUUUACCGAAAUUAGUUGAAUCACCACUGCAUUACAUGCAACAAGAAGCACAACACUUGUGUACUGAGAUCCAGCAAUUAUCUGAUAAGAUAGAUACUGGAAAGAGUGCUUUCUAUGGUCUAUUUUCAAUUAUUCGAUGGUUUCAUAAAUCUGAGGAUAUGUUUUACAAGCUCUACGAUGAAAAUUAUUUAAAACCUGAACAUCAUUUCGAAAUCAUACUCUCGGCCAUAUUUGAAAAUUCAAUUGUAGAAUGUCUUGACACGAUAUUGGGAGAAGUUCAAAAUGAUUCAUCAUCUUUGAGUCAAGAUGGCAGUGUACAUCCCUUAAUGUUGAAUGUCUUAAGUUUUAUGGAAGGUCUUUUCGAAUAUAGAGAUGUGAUUAGUAAUAAAAGAUUUAGUCAUUCGUCAAAUAUUGUUGAUUCACCAUCUGAAGAAAAAUAUCUUUUCAAUUUGGAAAAUUUCUUUUCUGAUUUAAUUAAAAAUCUUAUCGAGAAUAUUAUGAAAAAGAUGAACACACUCAUUCCACAUGAUGAUAGAAUGAGACGAGCCAUAUUUCUUCUCAAUAAUACUAGUUAUCUUCUCAAACAAUUAGACAGUUCACCGUUUUUUGUUAUGAUUGAAAAUAAACAGCCGAAGAUCAAAGCACAAUUAAAAGAAACAGUACAAAAAUGUGUACAAACCUAUCUUAAAUGGUAUAGUAUUUUAAAUGUAUCCGAUUGGGAUCGGACUGAUUCCUAUACACCUUUCACCAUGACUAUUCGAGAAAUGCUUAACAAUCCAAGUGUGAAACACUCCUCAGAUAAUCCGCUUAAAGAAGGUGACCGAGAAGUAUUAAAGGCAAGUUUUGCGAAAGUGAAUGAAAUUAUUGAUACUCUUCGUAAUCAAAAUCAACAAUAUAUUGUCGAUGAUGCGCAUCUACGCCAUUACUUACGAACUGAAAGCAAAAAAAUGAUUUUGGAACCCUUCAAAACAUAUUAUAACCAAUUUGCGCACAUAGAUUUUACGCAGAAUCCAGAAAAAUACAAACGAUACACUCCACCAAUGCUGGAGUCGAUUAUUGACAGUUUUUUUGAACACUAA